GUGAAACUACGAAGAGCCAGAUAAGACAUACACAGGAAACACAGUGGCAGCGACUAUAAAAAGGGAGGCUCCCUUCAUUUUUUUUAUUCACCACAAGUCACAGAAACACCCGAAAAGUAGCAUUUUACAGGGCUUGUUCCUGGUAAUCUCCCCACUGUUAACGUUUACAUCUAAGGAGGCAGCAGAACAAGUACUCUGCAGGACACUCCACUUUGUUGUUUUGUUUUUGACCUGAAGUCAGAUUUCUUUAAAGCAAGAAGACGAUCUGGAACAGGAAGACGUCCUUCUGACUGCUGGAACAAGAGGUGAAGAUGGACAAGUCUGAGAUGUUUGGCUUCUCUCUGGAGUCAGACAACAGGACGGAGGAGGAGAAAUCACGGCAGAAAACCGCAAAGAAGGAUGGACUAGUUUCUGCCCUGCGUUUGGGCAAGGGGGCACCCAGUGCUCCCAUGGACACUGAUUACCAGGAGGAAAUAAAGGAGGCCACAUCUCCAAUCAGAUUCAAUCUCAACUUUGACAAACAGAUUCGAGGUGACGGGGGGAACAGCAGCAAGAGAGACAGCAAGACAUUUAACAUCGAUAGGUUGUUUGAAGCAGUGGCCAGCAGGGACGUUGGAAAGCUGGACGGCCUGCAUCAGUACCUGCACCAGAACAUGAUGAAACUCUCAGACACUUUGUAUCAGUCCAAUGGUAAAAACGCCCUGAUGAAGGCUCUGCUGCACCUCAAAGAUGGCGAGAACAAGACGGUGAAACUAUUAAUUGACAUUUCAGAGAAGAUGGGUGACAUUAAAAAGUUUGUGAAUUCAGCCUACACCAACAGCUACUACAAAGGACAGACAGCUCUCCAUAUAGCCAUUGAGAGGAGGAGUCUUCCCUAUGUGAAGCUGCUGGUCAGUAAAGGAGCAAUCGUUCAUGCCAAAGCCUGUGGAACAUUCUUCCAGCCACAUGACGGCCCCAACUUCUACUUUGGUGAGCUGCCUCUGUCUCUGGCAGCCUGCACCAACCAGCCCGACGUGGUGGACUUUCUCAUGGAAAAUGAGUAUGAACGAGCAGACGCUAAGCUUCAAGACUCUCAGGGCAACACAGUGCUGCACGCCCUGGUGGUGGUGGCUGAUGAUAAGAAUAAUACAGAUAAGAAUAAUACAGAGUUCAUCACCAACAUGUACGACCGCAUCCUCAAGACCACUGCCAGACUGCACCCCAAGCUGAAGCUGGAGGACAUAGAGAACAAUAAAGGGCUGACGCCUCUCAAAAUGGCUGCAAAGACUGGCAAGAUCGGGCUUUUUUCACACAUCCUGAAACGUGAAUUCAAGGAGAGUCACACCAAACAUUUGUCCCGUAAAUUCACUGAGUGGGUUUACGGGCCCGUUAACAGCUCCCUGUAUGACCUGGCCGCUGUGGACUCAUACGAGGACAACUCAGUAUUGGAGAUACUGAUCUACGGCAGUGACAUUCCUAACCGUCAUGAGAUGCUCGAGACGGAGCCUCUGAGCCGGUUGCUGGAGUCAAAGUGGAAGACGUUUGCAAGUCGAAUGUUUUUUUUCAACUUCUUUGUCUACCUCCUGUACCUGAUCAUCUUCACUUUUGUAGCCUACAAUAAGAAGGAUGGACAGCCGCCUUUUCAUUUAGAACAUACCUCAAUGGGUUACCUGUAUGUUUCAGGCCAGCUAGUGACAGCGCUGGCAAACUGCUAUUUCUUUUUCAUAGGGAUCAUAGACAUGAAGAGGAAACGCCCGAAGCUGCAGACGUUGCUGAUUGAUGGAUAUUAUGAGAUUCUUUUUUUUUUGCAGGCUGUCCUCUUCCUGGUCUCAGCUGGGCUGUAUCUGAGCGGGCAGCAGGAGUACCUGGGCUUCCUAGUACUGUGUCUUGCUCUCAGCUGGGUGAACCUGCUCUACUUCUGCAGGGGCGACAUACACAUGGGCAUCUACAGCAUCAUGAUACAAAAGAUGAUCCUCAGUGAUAUCCUGCGCUUUCUUUUUGUCUAUGCCGUCUUCCUUUUUGGAUUUUCAGCAGCGGUGGUCACCCUGCUCAUAGAGCCUCCUGUAAAAAACACCACUCGAAAUCCGGGGACAGGGCGUCUCUGGGGUCCCCUCGAUCCUGAUGAGAAAUGUGUAAAACCCACCUUCAGACAAAUCUCUUACACCACACUGGAGCUCUUCAAGUUCACUAUCGGCAUGGGUGACAUUGAGUUCACCGAGCACUACCAGUACAAGGAGGUCUUCUACAUUCUCCUCAUCGGCUACAUCAUUCUCACAUACAUCCUGCUGCUCAACAUGCUCAUCGCCCUCAUGAACCGCACUGUGGAGAAGGCUGCCAUGGAGAGCACCUGUAUCUGGAAGCUACAGAGGGCCAUCACCAUCCUGGACAUGGAGAAAAGGCUGUCGAAGUGUCUGAGAAAGAAGAUUCGCUGUGGGGUGGAGAUCAACCUCAGCACUACACUUGGUGCUGACCAUCGCCGGUGUUUCAGAGUGGAGGAAGUCAACUGGAACAAAUGGAACAUCAACCUGGGCAAAAUCAAUGAGGAACCAGGGUGCUGGGAUCGUGUCCAACAGCCUGCCUCAGACACCCUGCCAAACAGACAAAACAGAGGGAGGAGCUGGAGAGCCUUAAUCAUGGCGGGCAGUCAGCGGCGGUGGGAGACACAUCAGUCCACAGAGAUGAAUCCUCUGAACACCACACCGGUCUAGAGAGCUUCACUCCGGCUGCUCAGCCUGACUGACCUGAGCAACGUUAGUUCCCCAAGAAAUUUAACUGCCAAAUGUGUGCACUGACUCUCUGACUGAUACUCCCAUCUGAUGUAAGAUGGAUUUUAAAUUUAGUCUCUGAGGCAAUAUUUUACUGAGAUGAGCAUGGUUGAGGAAAAUAUUGUAGAUAUUUGUUCACCUGACUAACAUAAUGGUGUAAAAAAAAAUGUAGAAUUUAUAUCAAAGCUGAAUGCUGCAUCAAAAGUUUAUUGCCAAGUAAAUCAUGCAUUUGAAAUACAUUAAACAUUUCAUCCAAAGGCUUCUGCGCAUGCUGCUUCUGCCACCACCUGAACAGGAUGCACAUCCUCUCUGCACAAAGGCCAUAACCUGCUGGCACCACUGGCAUCGCUCAAAAUCCUUCAUGGAGUAAUACUGAUCACGAAGGUGCUGAUCCUGCCCUCCCGCUGUGUGCCCUUUAUACCGGUCCCAUUUUCAUCACAGCCAGACAAGCUAAAUCUUCUGCAGCCAGAUAGUCCUGCGGAUUUCACAGCUGGCUUUGUCUACUCUACUUCCUGUUUGGCAGAGGGAUGCUCAAAUAAAUGGCAUGAAAGCACAGCAAUUGGUGCAACAAUGACCACCUUACUGUAGCUGUUGCAGUUACAAAUUACAGUAUGUAGCUUAGACGGGCCCUCUGAACCAGACAGUCAGUUGUAAGGCUGAUUAUGUAAGAAACAAAUCUAUGUUUAGUAACAUAACUAUUGUCAUCCUGUCUGACGGUCCAAAUAU